GGACUAGUGUCGGGCCCUCGACCGCCCUGCCUCCCGCUAGGCCAAGCAUUGAUGCUGGUUCAGAUAGGAAAGUGUGGCGUAAUGGUGGGCCGCAAACUGUCGAUACUGGCGCUUCGAGCCAGAAGGCUGCACAGAAGGCUCCGGCAACUGAAGUGACCAAGAGGGCUAGUGGAAGCACCUCGACGCCCGCUGGCAAAGGUCGAGGACCGGAAAGAUUCUUCUAUGAUACGUCAACUUACACUGGGGUCCAUAAGGCUGGUGGCCCUGAGACUGUAGACCGUAACAAUAAGGACUUGAAGAGCCUCGUUGAUGUGAGAACAUCGGCAACUCUUCAAUGCCAGUUUUGA